AAACAGGGCCAAAGACCGGGGGAAAGAAAAGUGAGCAACGGCAACGACGCGCAAGCUGGAUCUUCCUCGUUCUGGCGGAAAUUCUGUUGUUGACCGCAAAUUUUCUCUCUCUCUCUCUCUCUCUCUCUGCGAGAAUACAUGUCAUCGACCGGAAACUCUGGCGGAGGCGCCGCCGCCACACUAUAUUUCUGUUACCAGUGUAAUCGUACGGUCUCAAUAACGCACUCACCUACCUCCGAACUUAUUUGCCCCAAUUGCAACAGCGGCUUCCUCGAAGAAUAUGAAGAUCCUGUUUCCAGCCCUAACCCUAACCCUAACCCUAACCCUAACCCUAACCCCAACCCCGAUCCCUUCUCAUCCGACAACCUCUCCGGUUUCCCUUCGUUCUCUGCCGGUUUCGGCGGAUUCCCAAUCGUCUUCUCAACCUCCUCAGCUGGUGGUGGAGGAGGCGGCAUCGAACUUCAAAACCAUACCGAUCUCUCCGCUCUCUUGGGCGGCGGCGGCGGCGGCGGCGGUGGUGAUGAGUUUAAUCCUUUCUCAUUCCUUCAGAAUUACAUCAGUACCCUAAGAGCCGGUGGUGCCAACAUCCAACUUGUCAUCGAGGAGAACAACUCUUCUGAUCCUGGGUUUCGGCUCCCUGCCAAUCUCGGCGAUUACUUCAUUGGCCCUGGCCUCGAGCAACUCAUACAGCAGCUUGCCGAUAAUGAUCCGAACCGGUAUGGGACCCCUCCUGCUUCAAAGUCUGCUGUGGAGGCUCUUCCCGAAAUUAAGGUUACCUAUGAUUUGCUUUCUUCCGAUUCUUCGCAGUGUGCUGUUUGUAAAGACACUUUUGAACUUGGUGAGGAGGCAAAACAGAUGCCUUGUAAACACAUAUACCAUUCAGAUUGUAUCGUCCCCUGGUUGGACCUGCACAAUUCUUGUCCGGUUUGUCGGUAUGAGUUGCCUACAGAUGACCCCGAUUAUGAGAAUAGCACUCGGGGAACCCCAAUCACUGCAAAUUCAAGUGCGCCAUCUGGGUCGGUAGCUUCUGGCAGUGCUGCUGCUUCUCCUGCUGGGGCAUCUCAUGAGAAUCCUCAAAACCUGCGCACAGAAGAACAGAGGGCAUUGGGCUCACCUGCAGAGACAAGUAACAGCGGCGCUGGUGACAACAUUGGUAACAAUGAUGGAGAAUCAAACUCCGGAGGUCAGGCCAGAGAAGAGGAUUUGGACUGACUUUCUUGGUAGGGGUUGGAAUGGUCCCCUUUUGAUGCUUAUCAGUCAACAUAGUUGGAGAGGCCUUUUGAGGAAGAAGUGAGAGUAUCAGUGCUUGAAUGUGAGAGGGAUAAGUCUCCAGGGCCUUAUGGUUUUUCUGUGGCCAUUUUUACAAAUGAUUUGAUUGUUUAUGCAGGAUUUUUUUAGAGUGGAGUCAAUCCUCUGGUCCAUUCUACUGGAUUCUUCUAAUGUUUGUAUGGCUUUAAAGAAAGGAUUUUUGCUGAUUUAGUACAGCCCUUGUUUGUGUGCUUGGGACUGUAGUGCAAGAACACCGACCUGAAUAUCUUGGUUGCAAUCUUAAUUGUUGAUGAUGCAUUUAGAUUU